AGGUGAAGGCAGAUCGAGAGAGAGAAGCAGCAACUUUACUCUGAGAACCCAGCUAGCUGAUCCCACACGAGGCAGAAUGAAAUCCUUCCUCCUCGCCAUCGCUGCCGUGCAGUUCCUCCAUUGCUCAGGAGUGCCAAGGACGAAGCAUGCUCUGAGAGCCUCCGUUGUAAAACUGAAUGAAAUCACCGAGAUCACCAACCUGUGCGGCGUCACCAGGAGACGUGCAAAGAAUACUUAUAGCACUGGCAAGAUGUCAUACAAGGUGGAUUUGACAUUCACUGUGAAAGAAACCGUCUGUUCCAAGAAUUCCACGCUGGAAUUUGAUGAUCCCAGCUGUCAUUUCCGCCCCAAGAAGAUUGCGGAGAAAGGGUUUUGCAAAAGCCGUGUUGAGUAUUUUGCUGGUAACAUCACUGACAUUGAUGUGGAGUGCAAAGGUCUGAAGGCCAUUGACAGUGGCAGUAACUCAGUGGAAUCAAGUGAAAGCAGCUUUGAGAUGCAAAAGAAAGCAAACAAAACCUCAGUCGAGAAGAAGGCAAAUGCCAAGAAGGAGGCACCAAAAGCAUCACUCGAGAAGCCUUUGAAUAUCGAAAUCAAGCCAACAGUAUUACCGAAGGAACAAUCCAAGAAGCUUUCCAACGAACAGAAAAAGGGAUCAAGAGGGAAACACUAACCACAAAUGAAAUUCCUAAGAGCCUGAACUCGGUGUAAACACAAGAAGACCUCAUUCAGAAUAAACAAGACACUGUCACCUCAACACAGACAGGGUCUCGUUGUACUGAACAAGCCCAGGGACAUUUAUUCCUAACAGUACAUUUCACUAUAACUGGGAUAUUCGAUUGUUUUGUAAAUGUUCUGUCCUUUGCUAUAUAUUAUUGUCUUUCAUUUUGUGGAUUAAAUUAAAAGUGUAAAGAGAUUA